AUGCCUCCAGCAACAUCCCCGACUCGUAAAUUUGUUGCAUCAGCAGCAUCACUGUCUAGUCUCUCUAAUAUAAAGGGUGGAUCGUUCGGAACGAAUAAAUCCCUUGGUUCUCUGGCAAACUUGUCAUCAAAGUAUCCUAGACAAGAUAAAAGUGCUGAGAUCGAGGCUGCAAAGGCUAAAGAGUUACUUUUGAGUGCACCACGAGAGCCGUCAACGGUUGGAUUGCUCAAGUCUUUUAUUUCUGUCAAACAAACAUCUGAGAUCUUUGUGGUUUGUUUCUCUCCCGAUGCCAAGUAUUUAACUGUAGGCCUUGGUAACUCUAGUAUACAGGUGUAUUCAACGCAAACGAACGCAUUGGAGAGAACGUUGACUCCUCCAUCGGCUGACCUGGAGAUAUGCAUUACGUCGAUAUCGUUCAGGCCCGAUCGACCUAAUAGUAAAACAAAGAAUGUGCUGGCUGCUACAUAUGCCGAUGGAAGACUAAUUCACUGGCAUUACACUUCUGGACAGUUACUUUCUGUAGUCACAGAACCCGGAAACGAAUCAUUGCUUUACGUCACGUAUCGAGCAGAUGGUAGUCAAUAUGCAACCUCUGGAUCAGACGCGCUAGUGAGGAUUCAUGAUGCCGCUACACAGAAAGUAACGUCACGACUUGAACUAGGAACACCGAGUGUGACAACAGGACACAACAGUCGCGUAUUCUCUGUCAAGUUCCAUCCAACAGAUCCAAAUAUGCUGUGUUCUGGUGGUUGGGACAAUACAAUCCAGAUGUGGGAUGUACGAUUGCAGUCGUCUGUAAGAUCUAUAUUCGGACCACAUUUGUGUGGUGAUGCUCUGGAUUUGACUGAUGACGGGACGACGAUUGUUACUGGUAGUUAUCGACGAACUGAGGCAUUACAGUUAUGGAAUUGGGCUGAUGGCUCAUUGCAAGAAUCGGUACCGUGGACUUUAAUUGAUGGUGCACCAACGACAAAACUGUACAAGACACAAUUUAGUCACAGUACAAGUUCGUCACCUCUACGAGGAUUCGCAGACAAGAAUCGAUUCAUGCUUGGAGCUGGAGGAGGGCCAAAUGCUUGUGAAUUACGAAUGUUUAACACACAGUCCAAACGAUGUGUCGGUAUCGCUCAAGGAUUUACUUCUUCGCUAUACUCGUGCACUAUAUCGAAUGAUGAGAAAUUCGUGGCUUUGGGAGGUGGAGAUAGUACAUUAUACGUUUAUGAGGUUGACAUGCUUGCUCCAAUCGACUUUCCUUAUUGA